GGAGAGAAACCUUAUAGCUGUGAUCAAUGUGGGAAGACUUUUACUACAUCUAGCCAACUAACUGUACACCAGAGAACACACACAGGAGAGAAACCAUAUAGCUGUGAUCAAUGUGGGAAGAGUUUUGCUAAAUCUAGCCAUCUGACUGCACACCAGAGAACACACACAGGAGAGAAACCAUAUAGCUGUGAUCAAUGUGGGAAGAGUUUUGCUAAAUCUAGCAAUCUGACUACACACCAGAGAACACACACAGGAGAGAAACCAUAUAACUGUGAUCAAUGUAGGAUGAGUUUUUCUACAUCUAGCAAUCUAACUAACCACCAUAGAACACACACAGGAGAUAAUCCGUGCUGUGAUCAAUGUGGGAAGAGUUUUUGUACUCCUAGGUAUCUAACUAUACACCAGAGAACACACACAGGAGAGAAACCUUAUAGCUGUGAUCAAUGUAGGAAAAGUUUUUCUUCUUCUAGCUAUCUAACUAUACACCAUAGAAUACACACCGGAGAGAAACCUUUUAGCUGUGAUCAUUGUGGGAAGAGUUUUUCUUCUUCUCGCUAUCUAACUAUACACCAGAGAAUACACACAGGAGAGAAACCAUAUAGCUGUGAUCGAUGUGGGAAGAGU